GGAAUAAAACAAAAAAAAAAAAAAAGGCACAUGUCAUGUCUCCCAUCUCAUUCCACUUUUCCUAAUGCUGCCACCCACUCCCACGUUUUCCCCUCUCUCUUUCUUUAAUUAUUAUAUUUCUUUGAUAUUUUUCCCUAUCUCUUCGCCUCCCGCAAGCCUCUCUCUCCCCUUGUACAUUUUCUUUUCUCUCUUAUUCUCACUGAUCCUAUCUCUUUCCUUCUCUUCCUCUUCUUAAAACAAUGGCGGCCGGAGGUUAUGGUGCUGGCUUCGAGAUCUCCACCAGCGAUAUCAUCGACGCCGACGCCAACAACAACAACAACAUUCACCAAUAGAGCUGCAGCAGCCGCCGCCGCGGGAAUUGCCGUAGCGCCACCAGCAGCAAUAGCAGCCGUCGUCGUCUGUCGAUGGCGGCGUUCUCGAGCAGCCGUCGUCGUCUGUCGAUGGCGGCGUUCUCGAGCAGCCGAGUUCGUUCUUUUCGCCGCCGUUGUCGGUCGUCACUCGCAAGAGGUAGGGGUGAGCUGGAGAAGAGAAGAGGAGCGACGGAUUAGGGAUUCGGAAUUAGGGAUUCGGAAUGGCUAUUGAGUAUGGAAGUGAUUUUUGUUUUAUUUUUCCCUGUUUCAAACGACGACGUUUUCUUUGAAAAACAGGCAACCGCCGGUUGGAACAAAACCGGGCGGUAUUUCGCUUAGAACCAGUUAAACCGAAAAUUCCGGCCGGUAUGGUAUUUAUAGCAGCCAGUGUAUACCGUUUCGUUUCUGGUCCGGUUUCCGGUUUUACCGGUUCAACCGGCCGGUACGAUCCGGUUUCCUGGACUAUGCAAAUAUGGAGUUCACCUAUUUCAGCUCUUUGGGCCAUUCACGAGAAUUUUCAUUAAAUGCCUUCGGGAAUACUAAGCGGGUUUUGGUGGGAGUUGAACAGAAAUCUGUCACUUCUCGGAACGAGCGCCCACUAAUGGUUCACCGCUAGACUAUGUGACUUUUGGCAUAAUUAACUAAAAUCGGUUCCGCUUAUGAGUCACGAAUUGGAGAAUUAGACGUUUGAUCACUCUGUUAUUAAAUUUAUUUCGUGAUUAUCACUUUAAUAUGAUUUCUUUCUUACUAGUCACUAAUUUUAGAUUAGUAUUUCAAUAUUAGUAAUUGGUUGAUCAUUUCUAUCAAAUUUGUCAUAACAAUAAUAAUAUUUAACCGUUAAGUAACGAAUUAUAAUUUAAACACUAUAACAAUUAAAAUAAAUUAUUUCAAAAUUUCAUUCACUAUUAGCACCACUAAAAUAUGCAAAAGGGCUGACUUUGCUAGCAUAGGUUUUCAUGCUUUCGAUAUUUCCGAUUCAGGUGUUAAAUUUUGGACAUUGUAUGCUACGCUGGGCAUUUGCCAAUAUCUAUUAGGCAAGGUGCUACAUCCCACUUCCUAAAAAAAAACUAUGAGGUCGUUUGCUCUUAGGAUUUUCAUCAAGGAUUUUGGAUCGAAAACGCACACCAAUAGGAUUAUGCACAAGGGUGAAUUGUACAUUUGGUCACUCAUUUGAUAAUAUAUUACACGUUUACCACUAAAAAAUGUUACUUUCUUAUUGCUCAAUUGGCUUCAACAUCUUAUUUCAUCGCUGGUCACUACCCGUCAAUUUCGUUAAAUCCAUCAUGUGUCGGAAUCUCGGUGCUGAAACUCAAUGUUAGAAGAGAGGCAUAGACCCCAGGAGGAAGAGAAAUUAUGCAAUUACACCGCGAUCGACGGGGAAGGUAUUGGUUCUUUGCAAUGGUCCGAGGCUGUAAGCGGAUGACGGUGUAUGAGAGAAGGAUACGGUGGAGACUCGAGCAUAUAUGGAGGACAAAGGCCAUUCAUCGAUUGUGAUUGGCGACAAUGAGGUAGAAGGGGGUGGCGACGAUGAGGUUGGGUUUUACUUUUUAGCGUUCGUGAAAAAAGAGAAUCGAGAGGCAACGUAGAGGAAGUAAAGGGUGGGAAAGGGUCGAAAUAUGGCAACAGAGGGCUGAAGGGGUAACACUUUUGAUAUUAUUAGGUGUUUGGGUGGCUAGCUACCGAUUAACCAUAUUUUUAUCUUUUAGUAACUGGUAACCUCGGGUUAGUAAAAAACGCAAAAUGCCCCAAUCGAAGCCGAAACCACUAUCCUAUUAUCGCUUUUUGGUUUACCGGUUAACUUAUUUUCGUUGGUUUUUCGGUUAACCGACAACCGUUUAUCACUCCUUAGAUGUGGACGCCACCACAAGUGGGAUUCGAGGGUGGCGGUGGCGGUUUAGAGUCGAAAUUGGACCCAAGAGGAUUGGAAAUCAGGGUCGUCUAAAAUCAAAUUAGUUUUGAAUAGAGGGUAGGUAGGCGUAAUUGGUCUUUCUAUAAGAUCUCUUCGGUAGAGAUUGGGGAAGCGGCUGCAUCUCUGCUAGCGAAUGUGAAUUCAAACACUCUUCGUUUUCAUCCUCUUCAUCGUCUUUGGUCAGUCCAUGAUGCGACAUCAUUUCAAUUUGCAUUCAUAGUCUUCUUCUUCUUCUUCCUCCCAUGAGUAAAAGUCAAGGACAGAC